AUGCUGACGGUGGCGCACGUGUCGUACAUUGCUUGCCAGUUCAUCCUGGUGUAUGUCAAGGAUCAGGCACAGGAAGCGCUGGGCUUUAGUGAUGCGCAAUAUGGACUGCUUGUGGGCUACGCGUUCUCGCUUGUCUUUGUUGUCGCCGGCAUUCCUAUCGGAUACGUGUCGGAUGUGCAUUCGCGGAAGGUUGUCAUUGUGGCGUCGAUCAGUCUGUGGUCGGUGGCGACGGUGGCCCAGGGCGCGGCGCCAUCGUUUGCGCUCCUUCUCCUGGCGCGGAUGCUGCAGGGCGUGGGCUCGGCAGGUUUCAAUGCCGCCUCGUUUGCGCUCAUCGCAGACUACUUUGCAGCCAGUCAGCGAUCGGUGGCCAACUCGGUCUUCUCGACGUCGGUGUACAUGGGCGGCGGCAUUACGGCGGCGCUCGGCUCACUGCUCGCCGACUCGUCGUUUGGCUGGCGCUGGACGGUGGCGGCAUUUGGCUUUGCCGGCAUUGGUAUUGCGCUGGCGGUGGCGACCACGCGCGCCGAGGUCACGGUCGAGUGA